UUCCCAAAUCAAUUCGAAGCAGAGUGGGACUUUGGAGCUGGGUAGGAAGAGCAGCCAGGCGCAGAGGUGGGGGUGUGCCGAGCGCCAGCGUCGGCUGGCUUUAUAAUCCGCCCGGGGAGAGAGGCGAGAGGCGGCAGCCCCAGUGCGCGUCCAGCACAGCGCAGCGGCUCAGCGCAGCUCGGACCAUGGUCUUCCCAUCCCGGGGCUGCCCCGGGCCGCUCGUGCGGCAAGUCGUCUCGCUGCUGAUGCUGGCCGGACUGCUUCUGCCGCCCGCCCAGGCCCUGCCCAACGAGCUGCUGCCCGGGGACUUUCCCGCAGAUGAGAAAGGGGCUGCAGACUUCGCCAAGAGCUACAACUCUACAGCGGAGACCGUCCUGUACCAGAGCACCUUAGCUAGCUGGAAUUACAACGUCAACAUCAGCAAAGAGAACGCAAAGCUGCAGGAGGAAGCAGACCUAUUUUCUCAAGAAUUCACUGAGGCAUGGGGUCUGAAAGCCAAGAAGUUGUUUGACCCCAUCUGGAAGAACUUCACUGACCCCCUGCUUCAAAAGGUCAUAAAUUCUAUUCGGAUCUUGGGCUCCGCCAAUCUGCCCCUAGAGCAGCGUCAGAAGUACAAUACCUUGCUGAGCAAAAUGACCAGCAUAUAUUCUUCAGCCAAGGUCUGCUUUCCCAACAAGACUGCCACCUGCUGGGCCUUGGAACCAGAGCUUACAGAAAUCAUGGCCUCAUCAAGGAGCUACAGUAAGCUGCUGUUUGCCUGGGAGGGCUGGCACAAUGCUGUAGGGAUUCCUCUGAAACCUGAAUAUCAAUCUUAUGUCAAUCUCAGCAAUGAGGCUUCCAAGAUGGAUGGCUUUAAGGAUACAGGAGAAUACUGGCGUUCUUGGUAUAAUUCACCCACAUUCACGGAAGACCUAGAACGACUGUACCAACAGCUGGAGCCACUCUACCUGAAUCUCCAUGCUUUUGUACGCCGUGGCUUGCACCGCCGCUAUGGAGACAAGUACAUCAAUCUCCGUGGCCCCAUUCCUGCUCAUCUUCUGGGAAACAUGUGGGCACAGAGUUGGGAAAACAUCUAUGACCUGGUGGUUCCUUUCCCGAACAAGCCCAAUCUCGAUGUCACCAACACCAUGGUGCAGAAGGGCUGGAACGCCACACACAUGUUCCACGUUGCCGAAGAAUUCUUUACGUCCCUGGGGCUACUGCCUAUGCCUCCAGAGUUCUGGGCCAAGUCCAUGCUGGAGAAGCCGAAUGAUAAACGAGAGGUGGUAUGCCAUGCCUCUGCCUGGGACUUCUACAACAGGAAAGAUUUUAGGAUUAAGCAGUGCACAAGAGUGACCAUGGACCAGCUGUCCACUGUACAUCAUGAGAUGGGCCACAUACAGUAUUACCUUCAGUACAAAAAUCAGCCUGUUUCCCUGCGAGCAGGUGCCAACCCUGGUUUCCACGAAGCCAUCGGGGAUGUGCUAGCCUUAUCAGUCUCCACACCUACUCAUCUAAACAAAAUCGGCCUGUUGGACAAAGUUAUCAAUGACAAUGAAAAUGACAUCAACUACCUGUUGAAGAUGGCACUAGAAAAGAUUGCCUUCUUGCCCUUUGGUUACCUGGUGGACCAGUGGCGUUGGAGGGUCUUUAGUGGGGUCACAACUCCAUCUCAGUACAACUCUGAUUGGUGGUACCUUCGGACUAGAUACCAGGGCAUCUGCCCUCCCAUAACCCGGAAUGAAACCCACUUUGACGCUGGAGCAAAGUAUCAUGUCCCGGCUGUAACACCAUACAUCAGGUAUUUUGUGAGCUUUGUCCUGCAGUUCCAGUUCCACAAAGCUCUGUGUGCUGAGGCGGGCUACAGCGGGCCCCUGCACUACUGUGACAUCUACCAAUCUCAAAAGGCUGGUGACAAACUCAGGGAGGUACUGCAAGCAGGUGCUUCUCGGAGCUGGCAGGAAAUACUUAAGGGGCUGACAGGCACAGAGACUCUGGAUGCAGGACCACUUCUUGAAUACUUCCAGCCUCUCAUCAGUUGGCUGCAACAACAGAACCAGAAUAAUGGCGAGGUCCUGGGCUGGCCUGAAUUUGACUGGCGUCCUCCAGUGCCAGAUGGCUAUCCAGAGGGCAUUGACAAGCUGACUGAUGAAGCAGAGGCUGAGAAGUUCCUUGAGGAAUAUGACCGGUUGGGACAAGGCAUAAUGAAUGCAUACGUAGAGGCCAGCUGGGCUUACAACACAAACAUCACGGAGGAAAAUAGCAAGAUUAUGUUGGAAAAGAACCUGGAAUUAUCUUCUUUCACCCUACAAUAUGGCACCCGUGCCCGCCAGUUUGACGUCAGCAGUUUCCAGAAAUCAUCAGUGACACGACUCCUAGGAAAGCUUCAAGAUUUAGGUCGGGCAGCCCUGUCUCCAACAGAGUUGGAUAAGUACAAUAAGAUCCUGUUGAACAUGGAGUCAGCUUACAGUACAGCCAAAGUGUGCCGGCAAGGUGGUUCCUGUGUACCCCUGGAGCCUGAUUUGACGGAGUUGAUGGCCUCAUCCCAGGACUAUGACAACCUGCUAUGGGCAUGGAAGGGUUGGAGGGAUAAGGCAGGACGGGCUAUUCUUCCCCACUUCUCGGAGUAUGUGGAACUUAGCAACAAGGCUGCCCAGCUCAAUGGCUAUGCUGAUUCUGGAGCUUCCUGGAGAGCCCAGUAUGAAAAACCUUCCCUGGAGCAGGAUCUGGAGAAAAUCUACCUGGAACUGCAGCCCCUCUACCAGAACCUCCAUGCCUACGUCCGCCGUGCUCUGUUCCGUCAUUAUGGACCCAACCACAUCAACCUUCAGGGGCCCAUUCCUGCUCAUCUAUUAGGCAAUAUGUGGGCUCAGACCUGGUCCAAUAUCUAUAAAUUGAUGGUACCGUUCCCUUCUGCCAGCCAGGUGGAUGCUACUCCAGCUAUGAAGGAACAGGGCUGGACUGUGCGGAGGAUGUUUGAAGAGGCAGAUAAAUUCUUCCAGUCCCUUGGCCUGCUGCCCUUGCCCCCUGAGUUCUGGAAUAAAUCAAUGCUGGAGAAACCAAAUGAUAGCCGAGAAGUGGUGUGCCAUGCUUCUGCCUGGGAUUUCUACAAUGGCAAAGACUUCAGGAUUAAACAGUGCACAACAGUGAAUAUGGAGGAUCUCAUCGUCAUCCACCAUGAGAUGGGCCAUGUGCAGUAUUUCAUGCAAUACAAAGACCAACCUAUAGCCUUCCGAGAGGGUGCUAACCCAGGUUUCCAUGAGGCUAUCGGAGAUGUGCUGGCACUCUCUGUCUCCACCCCCAAGCACUUACACAGUAUUGGUCUGCUGGAUAAUGAGGGCGAGGGCUAUGAGAGUGAGAUCAACUAUCUGAUGAGUGUCGCACUGGACAAGAUUGCCUUCAUUCCUUUUGGGUACCUUAUUGACCAAUGGCGCUGGCGGGUGUUCGAUGGGAGCAUCAACAAGAAAGAUUACAACCAGGAGUGGUGGAGCCUCAGGCUAAAGUACCAGGGUCUCUGUCCACCAGUGCCUAGGACACAAGAAGACUUUGACCCAGGCGCCAAGUUUCACAUACCUGCAAAUGUGCCCUAUCUCAGAUACUUUGUCAGUUUUGUGAUUCAGUUCCAGUUCCACGAGGCCCUGUGCCGAGCUGCCGGUCACACAGGUCCACUGCACAAGUGUGAUAUCUAUCAAUCAAAGGAGGCAGGGAAGCUCUUGUCGGAUGCUAUGAAACUAGGACUCAGUAAGCCCUGGCCAGAGGCUAUGAUGCUUCUGACGGGACAGCCCAACAUGUCAGCCACAGCUAUUGUGAAAUACUUCCAGCCCCUGCUGGACUGGCUCAUCACCAAGAACAAGGAACAGGAAGAGACCCUGGGAUGGCCUCAGUAUGACUGGACUCCAUAUGGUGCCUCCAGAGCCCCCAACAGUGACAAAAUCAGCUUCUUGGGAAUGGAGCUGACGUCUGGGCAGGCUAAAGCAGGGCAGUGGACCCUGCUUGUUCUGGGCCUGGCGUUCCUUAUGGCUAUAAUAGGCUUGGCCUAUAAAACAUAUAAACUCAAAAGGCGACAAGAGCCUUAUUUUAGCUCUGAGGUGGAGCUGAGACACUCCUGAGACUGAGCCUGGACUGAAAGGAAAUGGAAAACCAUGUGGAGAGAAGAAGGGGAGAUGGUGAAGGGGAGAAAUGGAAGACAUGCUGAGGACCGAGCCUUGGCUAUUAAGGACUCAGGGAACUUAGUCCACUUGGACUCUGGACCUCAUUCUAUUUCUACUCUGCCCCACCUCCAUUUAAUUCUUUAUUACUUUCUUUUCUUCUUACUUUCUUCCUCUUUUCUGCCUUCUCUCUUUCUUCCCUUCCUCUGAGAUUUCUUCUUUCUUUCUGGCUUCUUCACUAUGCAAGAUGCAUUAGGACCACUUCAUUUCAACAGGCAACACUAGAGGUACCUCUCCAAACACUCCUUCCAUGGUAGAUAUCUAAAGGGGGAUGGAUUGAAUUGGGGGAGAAAGCUUUUUUUUUUCCCUGUGGCUUGUUAAUAAAACCUCCUUAGGUAUGCUUAGAAGAGCCUUUUCCCUUUCAAAGAUUCCCACUACCAAGAACCUGUGUGAAUGAAAUUAAAGGUUCUAUUUAAUUUUAACUAAGCUGUGUCCCAUUCCCUAAUCUCUAUUGCCCCCCAAAUAGUAAGCACUACCUUGGGAGAUGGGACUUGUAAUACCUGAAGGCUGCAAGCCUCCACUCUUCUCCUAUUCAUAUCCUACUUUCCCCAAGCAUCUACUCCCUAUUCUGAAUCAUCCUCCUACAGAGGAGAUACAGGAAGUAUUAAAAAGAACAGAAAUAGUCUUUCGGCCACCCCCACCUGGCACCUUUUUUAUUAUGCUGUAUUGAAAUCACUACUUUCCCUCUAGUCAGCCUUCUCUUCAGACCAUCUGGGCCUCUAUGGUACAGGUCAAGGAAAAAUGGGGGACCCUCUUGCCUUGGAGAUCAAAAGCCCCAGCUACACACUGCCUACCAGGAAAAAGGGUUACACAUCCUGACUUUAGUAUGGCCUCCAGGAAGAGAAUUUAGAGAGAUCUGGAUCAAACUGAGGAGGGAAACUCUUAGAUACAGAGCUUCUGGAAAGUUAUAACUGUCUGGGUGACUGGGACUUUGUCUGGGGGUGAGAAGGGUGGCCAAAAAAUGGAGCACUGCCAGCACUUUGUGUCCUUCAGUAACAGAAAUAACUAGCUUAGCAGGUAAUUAUCCAGAAAAAGUAAAACAGGAAGAUACAAGUUGGGAGCUCCCUCUAUCCAGGUAGCCACACCUGGCUUUUCAUUAGC